UACACUGAGCACCUAUUAGCCAGCAGACUCGGGAAAUAUAAAUAUUUCAAGUUGGAGCAGCUCAUCUCUAACCUCAAACAAGGUUCAACUCAAGACAUCCAGACAGGUUUGUCACCAAAAGGAACACCGAUGCAGAUGUCGUGUGUAGAAGAAGAAAUUGACCGCAUGAAUGAGUCUUUCCUGCUGCUGAGUGUGCAGAUACAGAAGAGAGCUGAAAUGAGCACAUGGCUAAAGGAGAGGAGGAGCAGUGCUGGAAACCAUUCUGCGAGGGAAACACCAACAAGCAUGCCAAGCCUUAGUCGUAAUGGAACAAUCCUGCUGGAACUGAAGAGACGCUAUGUAUCACAGCGCCUCAAUGAGCUCCAAAUCACAUUAGGCCACAUCCGACAGUGCCAGCAGCAUGACAGCAAGUCGAAAGACAGGACAAGAGGCCAUAUGCAAACAGACAGCAGCCGCACCCAGCAGGAGGAAGGAGAGCAUUAUCCUGGUGUAGAUGGCUGCGGUCCCGCUGAAGACCAACAGUGGAACAGUAUUUCAGCUCGCCAGAGUCACAGCCAACCAACUGUAGAGAGCAGAGGUCUUGGUAACUAUAAACUGGAGAGUCAUAUUUCUGAUCAGCAGAGGAGUGACACUGUCCAGAGCAACAACCCUGAAACAUUACUGGACUGCCAGAUGCCAGAGAGUCGAGAUCGGCUCCAGCCUAAUGUCCCACGGAAACAGGAGCUAAACAGUCAGAUCACAAUUGAAAAUACAAUGGGACAAACGGAUACUGAUGGCAUGUGGGUGCCUAACGAUCGCAAUGUGAAUCUGAAUAUAGAUAACUGCUGA